CGCGGUACAAGGCGGACUAACAUAACAUCUGCUCCUUGCAAUGUUCCAACUUCCUGUAAGGUAUUGUGGCAGAACGGGAACCCCAACAUAUGGGGAAAAAUGAACUAAAAUCGGUUCAUGAGAACUUAUUCGUUCAGUUCAUUAGCAGAUAAGUAAAAAAGACAUUCUAUCGAAACGUCAUGGUUGUUGGGUCGGAUGACAGGCCGACAGCUGAUGUCGUUUUCGUGGUUGAGGGAACUGCAAAUCUUGGUGGAUACAUCGACGCGUUGAAAGAACAUUACAUCGUCCCUACCUUGGAAGUUUUUAAUGGAGGUCCCCCUGAUCCAACAGACUAUGGACAUGAUUAUAGUUGCACCCUGUACAAUUUGGUCACAUUUUACUCUGCGGACAUUCUGCCGGACUCAGCAGCUCGUUGUUCAAAUCUGACCACGAACAUCCAUGAGUUCCUGACAUGGCUUGAUAACAUUCCUUUUAUUGGUGGUGGAGGAGAAACCUAUAGCCAUAUAGCCGAAGGGUUGAGUACAGCUCUACAUGUGUUUGAUGACAUUGCAGAAAAAAGGAGUAAUCCUGGGUUACCGGUGAAACAACAUUGUAUACUGGUAUGUAACUCGCAGCCAUAUCAGCUGCCAAGCCAAGAGGGCACCCGCUAUCUGGGAUAUAUGGCUGAACAACUGGCACACAAAAUGGCCCAGAGAAAUAUCAACUUGUCAAUAAUAUCCCCUCGCAGGCUGUCAGCUUUACAGAGAUUGUAUGAAGAAUCCACCACGCCAGAGAUCUCUAUGAUUUCUACUAAGGAAUACACCAUUGACCCACGCCAUCUUGUCCUGUUACAUGGCUACCAGCUGGAAGAGAGGUCACCUAGUCCAGCCCCAGAACAAGAUCAGACAGCAUCAGCACUGAGUCCAGGAACACGACAACUCUCCCCAGCCCCUUCUAUACCAACAUUUGGGGACCAGAAUCCAGGACCUUUCAAAGUUCCUUCCACUGCUCUUCCUGCGAACUCUUCAGGUCCAGUGAUGUCACAGCUGCCACCUUCCCCACACAGUCAGUCACUCCCCAUACAACAGCAGCAACAGCAGCCAUCAAUGGCCCAGCAAUUGCAGCACAACCAGCCCGCUCAGUCAGUGCGGAUGGUACCUCCAAAUCAGCUGGAUCAACAGCACCUGCAGCAACAGCAACAACAACAACAACAACAACAGCAACAGCAACAGCAACAACAACAGCAGCAACAACAGCAGCAGCAGCAACAACAACAGAGACUGAUGCAGCAGCAGCAACAACAACAACAGCAGCAGCAACAACAACAGCAACAACAACCUUUAUCACAAGCCAUGCAAAGGCAAGGUCCAACUGUCAGACCCCAGGUUGACAUGCAAAGCAGAUAUGGACCUCCAAUGCAGCAGUCACAACAACAGCCACAGAUGCCCAUACAAGUCAGUAUUCCAUCUGCAAGUAUAAACCCAGAUCAGAUUACGAAUCAGGCCAUCACAUCCGUCAGCGACAUCCCGAAUACGAUGUCGAGUAUGCAGCCCGGAAGCCAGUCCAUGGUCCAGCCCAACAGUAUACCAUCUUCAGGAGGAAUGCCACAUGACCCUACAGCCAAUAUUGGACUGCCCGCUGGUCAUCAGGGUAUGACUCUCCCCAACCAGUCUCAGAAUGUGAUGAGGGAUAGAAAGAUAAUAUGGGCAGGUCGCCUUGAAUGGCAGGAAAAGAUGAAGUCUGCAGGACCUACCCCACCUAAAGUGUCCAGGUCACUGCAGUGUCAGUUGUCCAGUGGACUGACAGACCCUGUCAUAAAUGCCUCCAACUGGCCGACAGAUCUAAUAAUGCAGUUGAUACCCCAAUCGUUGCUAAACUCUUCACAGUUAACUCCCUUGUUUAAAAAAUCCAGACAAGUUGGGUUCCAUUUCAACAACCACAACUUGGAGGCCCUGCGCAACCUGUACAAAGUCAUGCAGACUGGUUUUGCUGGUUGUGUGCAUUUCCCGUCAAGCAGUCAGUGUGAAGUACGCGUCCUCCUACUCCUCUUCAGCAGCAAGCGUAAGGCUUUCAUUGGUUUAAUCCCCAAUGAUCAGACAGCCUUUGUCAACGGAAUCCGCAAUGUCAUCUAUACUCACAAGGUCAAGUCAAAGAUGAUACAACAGCAGCAACAGCAAGGCCCUCAGCCAUCACGUGGGCCAUUCCCCCAGGGCGUGUCUUUGGCAAUGCAGCAGAUGCAGCAGCCCACCCCAAAUACAAUGGCCGGACAACAGCAAGUUGCUAUGACAACACAGCCCAACAUGUCAAUGAUUAGCCAGCAACCAAAGAUGCAGGGUGCACCAGGAGGCCAGCAGGUUAAACAAGUCACUCCGCAGCAACAACAGAUGCUAGAUGACAUGUAUUUUGGUCCUCCUCCAAAUAUGUACAGUGCCCAACGUAUACAGCAGCAGCAGCAACAGCAACAACAACAACAAAGACUACAGCUUCAUCAACAGCAACAGCAGCAACAACAACAGGCACAACAACAACAACAGCAACACCAUCACCAACAACAGGUGACAAACCAACAGAUACAACAGCUUCUGCUUAACCAACAGGUGGGUAACCAAGGGAUACGUGUCGGUAACCAAGGGAUACAGAUAGCCAAAGGGCAACAAGGACAGCAGAUUCGCCAGCCUAAUAUGAUAAUGCAGCAACAUCCCCGGGGUCAGGCACCCAUGCCCCAGGGUCAGCAAGGUGCAAUGAGUGGGGGCCAAGCCUUGAUGCCACAAAUGACUCAACCUGGUCCAGCCUCAGGACCUGGAACUCAAAAUAUGUUUGAGGAUCUCAACUUAGAGGCAUUUCUGUGAAGGUCUCAGGUGCAUUGUGUCAGACUUCAGCUAAUAUUAUUUCAAAUACAGGUUGAAUCUUAUGGAAUUUGUUGACUAUGAUCUUAAAGACAAAAUAUGGUGAGAGAAAGUCAAUUUAAUUUACUGUUUGAUGGAAGAACAACAGUUCUGAAACAAGAAGAAUAAAUUGUUGAUAGUGCUUUUAAUCAACAGCUUAAUAUUUGGCAGUAUUUCUAUGAAAUAUUAAUGUAUUAAAUUUGAUUGCACUGAGGAUCAAGUUAUGAAUGAAAUUGAUUCAAGGUCAAUAAACAUAGAUUACGUAAUCUUGAGAGAAAAAUAACAUGGAUGACAUUGACUCAAGGACAACAGUUAGGGAUGACAUUGACUCAAGGACAGUAGUUACAGAUGACAUUGACUCAAGGACAGUAGUUACAGAUGACAUUGACUCAAGGACAGUAGUUACAGAUGACAUUGACUCAAGGACGGUAGUUACAGAUGACAUUGACUCAAGGACGGUAGUUGCAGAUGACAUUGACUCAAGGACAGUAGUUACAGAUGACAUUGACUCAAGGACAGUAGUUACAGAUGACAUUGACUUAACAUUGAGGUAAGGGUAACCAAGUUGGUAGUCAUAAACUCUUUUUGGUAAAAAGGUCUGCAAUCAACAAUUUUGAGGACAGUGACACAAAAACAGCAGCCUGCAUCUCUAUAUCAUGUUUGUACAUAGUGAACAAAUUUUCCCCAAAAAAAUUGUACAGAGCAUUUAAUCUCCAUAUCUUUGCAAUUUUGUCUAUGUGUUGUUAACCUUGCCAUGUUAAAUGAGUCACUUGUGAUAUGGAUUUCUGUAAAGUGUUUCUAUGUCAUUAUACAUCUAUGGCCUAAUUGUGACAGUUAUUACAUGUGAAGGUUUUCCUCAGAGGUCUUUCCAUCAUUUUACCACAAUCAAUUUGUAAGGCUAUUUAUCUCCUGUUGAAACAUCAGUAUGUUUUACUAACAGCUUGAUGACUACAAGUACCUUUUCCAUUAUUCAAUCAGGGUUUUUUUUUGUCAAGUGGUUUAAGUUAAUACUUUCAGAAAGAUAGAAAAAAAAUAUGUACACCUUAGAUCAAAUUUUUGGAAAAUUCUUUUUCAUUGUUCAAUCAAAAUUCAUUGUGGUAUGUCUGAAGUUAUGUGAAAAAUUUUGGUUGUAUUGAAAUUAUAUACAGUGGGGAUGUUGUAUGGAUCCGAGAUCUACAUGGGACCACUUCCUAUUGAUUUCUGUAUUAACUAACAUGUUGCUGGUCAUUCAUCUUCAUAUUUCUGUCUUUGGUUUUAUGUUAACGUAAUAGGAAUUUUCUAUUCAAAAAUUGAGCCCCGCGAAGAUUUAAGAAUCUAAAGAAGUUUUAUUAAAUGAUGUAGAUUUUGGAAAGAUGGCAUUGGUUCGUUCUUUUGGACAUACCUUCUGUGACAUCAGCAUAGGGGCCAGCAUAUUAAGUUUCAUUUUAAGAAGGCCUACAUUGAAAAUCCUAAAUAACGAGCAUAUUAUGAAAUGUUAAUUUUUGUGAAAUUUCCCAAUUUUUUGCAAAUAUUCUCUUAAAAGCUGUGUUCUUCAAAUUGUAGUUUUAAAUAUCUGCCUUUUUACCUCUGUUUCAAUAGUAUAUAACAAUGCUAGGACAUCAUCUCUAUGAUUUUAUAGGAAGAUCUGAGAGUGCUAUAACAUGAUACACUCAAAAAUGUUCCUAAAUUUGUUGUUUUGAAAUACACAGUCUAAAAGCAAUCAUAAUAUUCUCUUAUUUAUUGUUAAGAUUUCUAACAGGACCAAAUGAGAUUUUAAUGCUUCAUAUAGAGAGGCAGGGACUGUUAAUCAUACCAUACAUAGAUCCUUUUAAGAGUCUGCAGGGAUUAGUCUGGGGAAUGAUUUAGGAAUUUUAACCUUUUUUUCCCCUGUUUUUUUCAAAAAUAGGACAAUCCACAAAACCAAUUAAAUUCUUCUAUAACAUUAAUGAGGCAGAAUUAUCCCUGCUUUACGUACGUCACAUAACAUUAUUUGUCAAUGAUUUGCUGGUCAUCGUUCUAUUAUCACUAGCUGAAAAUAUAUGUGGUUUUCUACUUUGAAUUAAGAUGGCUAUUUGUGCUUUUUCUUUUGAAAUCAUGUUUCUGAAUUAGAGGAUUCUAGUGCUCUUAUCGCCCCCACCCUCUCUCCCUCCCCAAAAAUAAUUUUCUUGUCUUGAAUAUUUGUUCAUUAUUUGGGAGAAAGUGUGCUGUAUUUGUUAGUAUGCUGACUGCAAAAGUGAAGUACCUGUGCUGCUGUGUGGGUAUGAAUGUGUACUUCGAAAGUGGAGUACCUGAGCUAAUAUGUGGGUAUGAGUGUGUUCUUCAAAAGUGGAGUACCUGAGCUUAUGUGUGGGUACGAGUGUGUACUUCAAAAGUUGAGUACCUGAGCUUAUGUGUGGGUACGAGUGUAUACUUCAAAAGUGGAGUACCUGAGCGUAUGUGUGGGUAUGAGUGUGUAAAUACAUGGUGUGAAGCAGAGAUGUGAUGUGAAUGCAUGUUCGAUUGUAUAACUGGUACUGUAACUACCAUUGUAAUUAAUGUUAACUUGUUGGUGAACAUUUGUGAUCAAUGUUAUGCAGCACUAUGUAUAUAAUAAAAGCUUUUAAUCAUGUGA